AUGUCGUCGUCGAUAGCUACACUCAACCAGGAACGAAUGAAGGCGUUUAGAGAUGCAGCAGAUAAGGCUUUGGCAGUUAUAAAAAGUCGCUUUGACGCAAAGCAACGAGAGUUAGGCGAAUACGAUAGUCUCAUUCAUUGCCUCGAAGAACUUCCGAAGAAACGAGAGCGUGCCAUCAUGUGUCCUGUUGGAUCAGUUGGAUUUUUGCCAGCCACUAUCGUCCAUACGAAUGAAGUUCUUGUUGGACUAGGAGAUGGUUACUUCAUUGACACAACUGCUUUUGAUGCUGUAGGAAUCUUAAAGAGGCGAAAAACUGUUAUCGAAAAAAACAUCAGUGAUCUUCAUCAGUAUGAAAACAUCAUCAUCCAGCAGAUGGAGUUUGCCAAGCAGUUGUUUGAUAACAAUUCGGAUGUAGUUGAAAUUCGUGAAGAAUACGAUGAGUCUAAAGAAAACGAAUUAAGGAAGAAGCGAAGAUCCAGAGUUGCAGUUCCUCCAGUUAUUACUAAAACUGUGGCUGACCUAAAUGCAGAGGCUGAUAUGAUGAAGCGAUUAGAAGACCUGGAACUGCAGGAGAUGCGGAACGCCGAGCUGGACCUCUCUUCAAGCGAUGAGAUGGAAGUUGACCCUUCUACCUCACCGGUAGAUGUACUGCGCAAGUUUGAUGAGGGAGAUACUAAGUGCCUUAUUUCGACUCUGGCUUUGAAGGAAGCCACAGAGUCUUCAGCUCUUUCACGGAACCCUGAAAUUCAAAUUCCCGUUGCAUCACCACAAUCUUCCAAUGAUGGUGAACCUCAUAACGAUUCUACAACUCUAACUCCUAUUGAAGCUAUCGCUUCAACUUCAAUUGAAUGUAAUGCCGAGAAAGAAACUGCUGGAGUGUCCUUAGAAAAGGAAAUCACACCAGAUGUGUCACGAUGGGAGGACGUUGUAAAAAGGUUGGAAGAGCAGCGUGAGUUAUAUGUGCAGUAUGCUCAUUCUUUUCAACCCCCUCGUGGAAUCAGAUCAGAAGUUAGUGGCGUUUGACUUGUAGAAUCUAUGAACAGCGACGAAAGCGAUAGUGACUGGAUCUCAGAAGAGAGUGAAAAUGAAUUGAACAAGGAAGAGAUCGAACACAUGGAAGACUGUAUGGACGAAGGAUCCGAACUAGAUUCUGAUGAUGUCACCUUUCCUGACGUUCAAGGCAACAACUGCGCCUCACAUCUUCCUUCAAAAAAGGCUCGGCUUGGAGAAUACGUUGUACAGAACGUAGGCCUAUGUGGACCGUUGCUUGAUAGAGCCGAUAGUGAUCAGAAGCAUGCCCAAUUGCAAGGCCCACAGGCAGAAACAUUUAGCACAGUUGGUCUGCAUAGAGAGAAUAGCCCUGAAAAAGCAAGCGGUGAUGAGGAAGAAAUAGAAAUGAAAGCGAAGAAGAGGAAAAACAAAAACGUAACGUUUGCGGAGAAUUUGGAAAACACCACUUUGAUCGACGAACAGGCACCGCCUUCUGAAGUCCAAACUUUAACUACUUCUACGUCGGGAACGAUAGCCAGGAAAAUUUUAUCGAAUUGCGAUGAGCGGUCACCAAUUGACAAACAAGCAGUGGAACAAAUGAAUAAUGGAGGAACACGCUACCAUUUCCGGGACACCAGCACCGUAUUUACUGGCGUUUUUCAAGAGAGGAAUUUAGAUCGUGAGUACGCUUUUGAAACUAUUAUAUUUCUAUUGACAGUGGACAGUGUUCCGGAAGUCACCGAGGAAUCGGAAAAGCGGAAGGAACAGUCGCUGUCCAAAAUGAGAAGACUACAUGAUAAUCUAUGA